ACGUCAUCAACAGGCUGCGCACCGCCCCGGAGACUGACGGGAUUGUGGCGGUCCUCUCUCACUGCUCAGAGGCUACUGCUGCCCCGCCGACGCUCUCAAAAUGGCGACCUCUCUGGGUUCCAACACCUACAACAGGCAGAACUGGGAGGAUGCGGAUUUCCCGAUUCUAUGCCAGACAUGUCUUGGCGAAAACCCAUAUAUCCGAAUGACCAAAGAAAAGUAUGGGAAAGAAUGCAAGAUCUGUGCCAGGCCAUUCACAGUGUUUCGCUGGUGUCCUGGGGUCCGCAUGCGCUUCAAGAAGACUGAAGUGUGCCAAACCUGCAGUAAAUUGAAGAAUGUCUGUCAGACCUGCCUCUUAGACCUAGAGUAUGGCCUGCCCAUCCAGGUUCGAGAUGCAGGACUGUCUUUUAAAGAUGACAUGCCAAAAUCAGAUGUCAAUAAAGAGUACUAUACACAGAAUAUGGAGAGAGAGAUUUCUAACUCUGAUGGAACACGGCCAGUUGGCAUGCUGGGGAAAGCCACGUCCACCAGUGACAUGCUGCUUAAACUGGCCCGGACCACACCCUACUACAAAAGGAAUCGGCCCCACAUUUGUUCGUUCUGGGUGAAAGGAGAGUGUAAGAGAGGAGAGGAAUGUCCGUACAGACAUGAGAAGCCUACAGAUCCAGAUGAUCCCCUUGCUGAUCAGAACAUUAAAGACCGGUAUUAUGGAAUCAAUGACCCUGUAGCAGAUAAGCUUCUAAAGCGAGCUUCCACAAUGCCUCGUCUAGACCCCCCCGAGGAUAAGACUAUCACCACGCUGUAUGUUGGUGGUCUAGGAGAUACCAUCACUGAGACAGACCUCAGAAACCAUUUCUACCAGUUUGGAGAGAUCCGGACGAUCACUGUUGUACAGAGGCAGCAGUGCGCUUUCAUCCAGUUUGCCACAAGGCAAGCUGCAGAAGUGGCUGCUGAGAAGUCCUUUAAUAAGUUGAUUGUCAAUGGCCGCAGACUUAAUGUGAAAUGGGGAAGGUCCCAAGCAGCCAGGGGUAAAGAAAAAGAGAAGGAUGGAACCACAGACUCCGGGAUCAAGCUAGAGCCUGUUCCUGGGCUGCCAGGAGCUCUUCCACCUCCUCCAGCAGCAGAAGAGGAAGCCUCUGCCAACUACUUCAACCUGCCCCCAAGCGGUCCUCCUGCAGUGGUGAACAUUGCCCUGCCCCCGCCCCCUGGGAUUGCCCCGCCCCCACCCCCAGGUUUUGGGCCACACAUGUUCCAUCCAAUGGGACCACCCCCUCCUUUUAUGAGGGCUCCAGGACCAAUUCACUACCCUUCUCAGGAUCCUCAGCGGAUGGGAGCGCAUGCCGGAAAACACAGCAGCCCCUAGCACAUUAUCACUACUCUGGAGCUCUGUGGAAGGAAGAGCGCUUUAAAAUCCCAGUACAUGAAUAUUGGAAUAAAUACAGUUUUCCUGCUUUUGUAGUUUCCACGGUAGCUGAAUGUGUUCAGAUGUGAGCAGUUGGAAAAUGACAGCCAUGCUUCCUUAAUGUAUUCAGAGGAUCACUGGACCUCAAAUAAGCUGCCAUGAGCACAGCUGAGCACAGCUGGCUACUUUAUAACGUUACUAAGAAACCCAAUGUCCAUUUCCCUCAGACUUGUACAGGGACAAGCAGAUGAGUCAACUGGCGUAUCCAACAGAGUUGCCAUCCCAAUUAUAUGUUCAUUUUGUACCUUUUCUGGUGAGGGGCAAAAAUAGGCCUGCAGUAAAAAACCUUUUGACCAUUUUUAUUACUAUUUGGUAUUUUCUUUUUUAUCAUCUAAAAAAAUUAGUACUAAUCAUUGUAGUGGCAUAAGUGUGAUUUAAGGAUCUAACUCUUUUGAAGUCACACCCUCAGAGAGACGAGCAGAAACCAAUACCCAGCACAGCCCCAAUUUUUUUUUCUCAACUAUUACAGGAAUCUGAUAGUUUUAUUUCUUUCCACCAUCAAAAGAAAAAAAGACACAAGUAAAAAUUAUUUUUUUCCCAUCAAUCAGAUGGAAAUACAAAUCUUAUGGAGCUGUGUAUCAUUGAAGAAACCUAGUGUCUGGGAUGAAAUUAUUUUGAACAACUUCUAUAAAACACUUUAACAAACUGAGAAAAAAAGCUUCGGAGUAUGUUUGAAUGGAAGACCUGUGACGUACAGCUGCAACUCUGAUCUUCAGCAUUCACCUUUGUGUGUCUUCAACGUCUCAUUGUAAUCCCCUGCUUCUGGGCAGGGCACUAUUUGGUCUUAGAAUGUUUGGAUAUAACUGAACUGUAGAUGUAAGGGAACUUUGAUGUGUUGUAUUGUUUUUAAUUAAAACGGGUCAGUUUUCCAAAA